AUGAGAGAUGAGAACUCUAUUCGAUACUUUAUGGAGAAUGAGACCUUGAUACAUAACGUCAUUCCGUUUUUAAAGGAACAGGAAAUGCUCGCCCUCAUGUGUGUGAACAAGAGGGUGUGCACGGCGGUGCACUCGGCACCUCAUCUCCCGUAUCUCUCGACACCUUUUUUGUCAAAAAUGCUGAGUGAGCACAAAGCACCUGUGAGGGUUUAUGUCGAUAAUUAUAACUGUUUUAUGACUAAGAACGACGACGUGACAGUAUCUUAUCGCCACGCAUUUAACACUCCAUGCGUCCCUCCUUAUAUGCCAAUAAGGAAAAACAUAUCUGUGUUGAACAUCCCAAUACACCACGAUUACAACAUUGACCUCUCUACAUUCCCACAUCUCACAAAACUGGUGGUGACUGUGUUCUCACAACCACACCAAGAUCUUCCUCCUCUUGUGCUCAAGAGUUUCCACGUCCAUCUAAGUUCAGCGAAUGACAUUCCUUCUUUGAACCGAAUGACCAAAGUCAUUUCCCCAACUACCGUCUAUUUAAGAUCUCCGCGAUCAUACAAUAUUGCAGAGAUCAAAGCGAUAAUGCCUGGUGCUGUUGUAGUCACUCCAAAAUUGUACGACAUAUCACAACUCAGUAAAGUUCACUACGUUCUCGACUCCAUCCAGAUAGAAACAAAAACCGUGUCAUGUUUCUCAUUGCACGCCGAAAUGGCAUUCGACAACAACAACGAUUUUAUCAAGCAGCGCAUGAUACAAUCUGCGUGCGUCUACGGUUCUCUCAAAAGCAUUCCAACAACACCUCUCCGAUUUACUGACAUCAUCUUAUUUGGAGUUACACUUCCUUCCUCUGGUCAGCUCUCCUUUGUUGGUGCCAAGAACCUUUCGGUUUACAAAUGUUCGAAUAUAUCGACACUUCACUUCGACAAGUGUGAUUUGCAAUCUCUUACCUUUUCUCGUAACAGUUGUCUAUCCUGUUUUAGGAUCCCAAGUACCAUAACCUCUUUGGACGCGUCGCAGUGGAAGCCAGUGACCAUCCCAAACUUCAAAUUUCUACGAAAUUUAUGUCUCUCAAAUUGUCCAACAUUCCGCCACCUUUCAAUCCCAUUUUCUGUCACGUCUCUCACACUCAAAAACUGCGAGAAAAUCCGAAAAAUCUCAACUCAAAAUCUCAUUCUCCAAAAAAUGGAACUUGAAAAUGUGGGAGAACUCAAAUCUUUAUAUUUUCCAACGACAUUGGUGGACCUCACUCUUGACAGUGUUGCGUUGCCGGUGUGCGACUGUUCAUCGCUCUUGAAACUAACAAAGUUGGUCGUGAGCAACUGCCCCAAACUCACGAAAAUAACCAUCACCAACGAAAUCAGUUCUCUCGAGAUUUCUUCGUGUGAGCUUUUGACUUCGUUUGUUCUUCCUCAGUUGAGGAUAAAUGAUCUUCUCAUUUCGGCGUGCA